AAAUCGAUACUGGUGAAUUAUUUUUAGCCUUCCACCCACCUUCCAAAAUGUCCCUAAACCCAUUAUAAAAUCCUCAUUAAACCUCGCAUUUUUUUUGUAUCACCCAAAGUCCUUUUCCCUUCAUCUCUCUCUCUCUUCACAGAUUCCAAGCUUAUUCCCAGUAGUUUUUUAACUUUAAUCAAUGGCUGCAUCUUCACUUAUAAUAUCUCCGAGAAAGCUUCGAUCGGAUCUGUACUAUUAUUCCUAUCAGAACGACGCCAACACGCCGCUGGUGAUAUCAGUUCUCGCUUCGCUCAUCGAGAGAACAGUGGCGAGAAACGAGAGGAUUGCCAAGAACUGUCGAUGGGCAUCGAAGAGCAGGGUUUUCGAUUGCCACGAGACACCCGACAUGACGAUUCAAUCUUACCUGGAGAGAAUCUUCCGCUACACCAAAGCCGGACCGUCGGUUUACGUCGUGGCCUACGUCUAUAUCGACCGGUUUUGCCAGGCGAAUCCUUGGUUUCGAAUCAAUGCGAGAAAUGUACACAGACUUCUCAUCACGACGAUCAUGGUCGCUUCCAAGUAUUUUGAAGACGUGAAUUACAGAAACUCAUACUUUGCACGAGUUGGGGGAUUAACAACAGAUGAAUUGAAUCACUUGGAAGUUGAAUUCUUGUUCUUGAUGAGUUUCAAAUUACAUGUGAAUGUGUGUGUGUUCGAGAGCUAUUGCAGUCAUUUAGAGAGGGAAGUAAGCAUCGGAGGAGGAUACCACAUCGAGAAGACUCUGAGAUGUGCUGAAGAAAUUAAAUCGAAACAGGUUGAAGAAAGAAGAUACAAUCACAUUGCUCGCAUUUUGUUGUGAUUUUACCAUCAUUAAAUCUGGGAAUAUUCAUCCUCCCGGUUUUGCAUUUGCAAUGGGUAUGUUAUAAUUUAUA